GCGGCGCUGGGCGCGGCGGUGGUGCGAGGAGCGCGGCCAGGGCCGGGGCCGGGGCCGAGUUACAAUGGAAAGUAAUGGGAGUAAUGCUAAGGAUGCUAAGAGCACUUCAGAGGAAGAGGACAGUAGUGAUAGAGUCCAACAGAAAACUCAGGAAGAGGCUCUCUUUCAUGAGGAAACUAUUGAUCUUGGUGGAGAUGAAUUUGAGUCUGAAGGGAAUGAAACUGUAUCAGAAGAUUCUAAUAAUUUUAUAGAUAAACUUAAUGAGCAAAUGAUGGAAAGUGUCAUUAUUUCAGAUUCUCCAAACAACAGUGAAGAUGACACUGGUGAACUUGGUUGUUUGCAGGAGAUAGUAGAACAAAUGGAAGCCAAGGACAAUCAAAAAACACAAGCAGAAGUGAGUAAGGAAGAGUUUUUAAGUAAUGAGAGUGAAACUGAACAUGAAGAAACACCUAAAGACUUUUCUGAGAUUGGAACAGAUGAUCAGGCAUCUUUAAAGGAAGAAUCAAUUCAAGAAGCAGUGAAGGAGGAACUGAAGUUGAUAAACAACAUUCCUGUUAAAACAAGACCAAAUAAUAUUGAUGAAAGCAAACCUGAGAACCAGAUACCAUUACCCAGUACUGGCAAACCAAAUCCUGAGGCUGAGCCUAUCCCUGUGUGUACCAUUUUCAGCCAAGCAAACAAUGUCAGUACUCAGCCACAGUUGUUCCUGCAUGAUGGUUUUGAGCCUCAAAUGGUAAAAUCUCCCAGUUUUAGUAGUAUAAUUGAGACUCCAGUGAAGUCUAAUCCACAGGUAGUUCAACCGAGUCCUAGUCUAAGCAAAUUCUUUGGUGAUACUGUUAACACUAAUACUUUAGCUUCUGACUUUUUUGAUUCAUUUACCACAUCCAGUUUUAUUUCUGUCAGUAAUCCUAAUGCAAGUUCUUCAGUCCCAGAGCAAAUGUCCUCUACUUCUUCCACUGCAGACAGUUCUCAUGCUUCACCUGACCCUACCUUUUCUAUAGGAAAUGGGAGAACUGAGGCAGGUGGUCCUCCAGCCUCUUUAGAAAUAUCUCAGUCCCCCAAGCCCUUCUCACAAAUCCAGGCUGUUUUUGCUGGGAGUGAUGACCCAUUUGCCACAGCCUUGAAUAUGAGUGAACUAGAUAGAAGAAAUGAUGCUUGGCUUCCCAGUGAGGAAACCAGAAAUGUUCUAAUUUCAGUUGCCACACAACAAUACAGCACUCUAUUCAUAGACAAAGAGAAUCUCACCAUGCCCGGAUUAAAAUUUGAUAAUAUCCAGGGAGAUGCAGUGAAAGAUUUAAUGCUUCGCUUCUUGGGGGAACAAGCUGCAGUGAAGAGACAAGUUUUAAAUGCCAACUCUGUAGAACAGUCAUUUGUAGGCUUGAAACAGCUAAUUAGCAGUAAAAACUGGAGAGCUGCUGUUGACCUGUGUGGGCGACUUCUAACUGCCCAUGGUCAAGGCUAUGGAAAAAGUGGACUACCUACUAACCAUACAACAGAUUCUUUGCAGCUAUGGUUUGUGAGACUGGCAUUACUGGUAAAAUUGAAUCUCUUCCAAAAUGCAGAAAUGGAAUUUGAACCAUUUGGAAAUUUAGACCAGCCUGAUCUUUAUUAUGAAUAUUACCCUCAUGUAUACCCUGGAAGAAAAGGUUCCAUGGUUCCUUUCUCCAUGCGGAUUUUGCAUGCUGAACUUCCUCAGUACCUAGGUAAUCCUCAGGAAUCACUUGAUAGACUGCACAGUAUGAAGAUAAUCUGCACCAAGAUUCUAGAAAAUUUAGAACAAGGCUUAGCUGAAGAUGGAAGUAUGACUAACAUUGCACAGGAGAACAGACAAGCCUCUGUUCAGCUGUGGAGGUCACGUCUGGGCCGGGUGAUGUACUCCAUGGCAAACUGUCUGCUAAUGAUGAAGGACUAUGUGCUUGCUGUAGAUGCUUAUCACACUGUCAUCAAAUAUUAUCCACAGCAAGAGCCUCAGCUGUUGAGUGGAAUUGGAAGGAUUUUCCUUCAGAUCGGAGACAUAAAAACUGCAGAAAAAUAUUUUCAAGAUGUUGAGAAAGUGACUCACAAAUUGGAUGGACUACAGAGCCAAAUUAUGGUUUUAAUGAACAGAGCAUUUCUCCACCUUGGUCAGAAUAAUUUUGCAGAAGCUCAUCGAUUCUUCACAGAAAUUUUAAGGAUUGAUUCAUCAAAUGCUGUGGCUAAUAACAAUGCUGCUGUUUGUCUUCUUUAUCUGGGAAAAUUGAAGGAUUCCCUCCGGCAAUUGGAAGGAAUGGUUCAGCAGGACCCUGAACACUACCUACACGAGAGCGUUCUUUUCAACUUGACAACUAUGUAUGAAUUGGAGUCAUCCCGCAGCAUGCAGAAGAAGCAGGCCCUUUUAGAGGCUGUAGCCCUCAAAGAGGGUGAUAGCUUUAAUACUCAGUGUCUCAAGUUAGGAUAGAUCAUUUCCAACUUUUUUUUUCCAGCAAAGCUCAUUUUUAAAAUUGUAUAUACUCUUGCUAAUGUGUAAAUGUGAAAUAAAAUCUCUUCAGUUAUGAAUAUUCAGUGGCAUUACUACAGAAGCUAUGUUAUCUCUAGCAGUCCUGACUACCACUGUGAAGAUUUUAUGCUGACCUAUAGCCAGCUUCAUCCAUGCAAGUCUAUGACUGUUUAUGGUUAUGCCUCAUUACAGGAUAUGCAAACAAUCAGUUACUCUCAUUCUUUUUAAAGGAAAAACUGCAUUUGACCUACUUUAGCUUGAUGAUUGCUAUAAUCUUUCAGUAAUUUGUGAGUAAUGAGCUAAUUUCAUCAGAUGAUAGCUAAAAGAUAUUGACAGGCUAUCAGUAUGUGUAUUACAGAGAUGAAGUUCUGAAUGCACAUAUCUUCAGCUGCUUUUAUUGUUUCUGUCUCAUUUACCAUCAAAAUAUUAAGUGUAGUACUGUUGUAUGCUCAACUGUUACAGGAAGGGAGCAGCAAGAAUUGAUCUAGAAUUUAAUGUCCUCUGCUUUCAAGUGAAAUUGGUAGACAGCCACCAUACUGUGAGGAACUGUAUCACCUGAAUGACACUAAAGGAUGUCCCAGUACUUUUUUGGUGUUGUGAUGCCAUUACAUCUUCUUAAUUAAAGCAUUUAGGUUCUGAAAAGGUGAGGACAGGAGUGGAGGAUUUCCCUCUCUAUUGCUGAACUAAACCUUUCUUCAUUACCUUUUUCCUCUUUCCACUCUGUAGUCCACCUAAUGUUACCAGGCCAAGAUAUAUUUCCUGCUAUGGUGGCAAAUGCAGCACAGAUUGUACUAGGAACCCCCUCAUUUUCAUACACAUGCAUAUGUAUCUUUUACCUCCUAUACUACAGCCAUCUUCCCAGUGCCUGUCCCAGGGCAUGUGGAUUCCUGUUGGUGCAGACAGACCUUGCUGCUCCCUUGUGGCAUGUUGCUCUCUAGAGAAAGGAGCAUUGCCAGACAGGGAGAAAGGAAACACAAUCUAUUGCAGCCCAGGCCCCCUCUUUUCCCACUACCAAAGUGAAGACGCCACGCAUGGAGUAUUGCCCAGGGAAAAGGAUGCAGAGGUAGAUAAGGGCUGGGUCACACAUAGUGGAAGCAAAUGGGGUGAGACAGAGCACAAGGCAACUGUCAUUGCUGGAACAGCAUCGUAAUAUGUGAUUUUGGCAUUCUUCAGAACCACAGAAUUUUAGAAUCACAGUACUUCUGUGGUGUCAGUAUAUUUCACACCUCUAUUAUCAUUUCUCCCUUCAUCUGUAUUGUAAAGAAUCAAUCCAGGUACUACCUAUCAUUGUAUGUGAAUAUAAAUAAUGUAUACGUCUAUUUGUCAUUUUUGGAUCAUUCGGAGAUUAGAGUAACGUUCAGCAACUGGAGUAGCUCGUUGUCAUAAAUCACAGCCUUGGACCAGUUCUGUAAUGGUAAACACCUCUUUGGGUUAUGUAAUCUGCCACACCAAUCAACUAGUUCUCACCAUCUGUAAACACCUUCACCUGUAUUUUUAAGUAACUAAUAACUCUUGUUAAAAUAAGUGGCUAGUAACUCAUUAAGAUGAGGGGUCCAAAAGGUUGUUCUCAAAAAAUGAGAUUAUUUGAAAACUGCUGCAAGCUGGACAAGUAAAAAAUUGAGGGUGCCUAAAAAUUGCUGAUCUUCAUGUAAGUCUUAAGCCUAUAGCUUCUCUUACACAGAGACAAAACUUGUUGCAUGUCUACAGUAUAUGUAUGUUUUACAUAUUAUAUACUGAAACAAUAAAUAGAUAUAUACCAAUCAACUGAAAAAUUUUAAAUCAGUAUUUCAGCUAUUUCCAUAGCCGAAUCUGAAUUAAAUUUGUGCAAGAAAAACAAGCAUGUGAGUAGACUUGACCUCAGAUACCACUGCUAAACUCAAAAAAUGAAAGAUUCAGCACCGCCUACUUCAAGUGGAUUUAAACAAUUCAUGCA